AUGCUAGCCCAUGUGGCGCGUGGUCCCUGUGCCGAUCGGGCCGAUCUGUCCCGAUUUGGGCAACGUCUCCCGACCUCAGCGGCCAGAGCGCAUCGUUGGUCACCGGCGGCUUUUGCAGCGCUGUUUGCUCUGCCGAGGCUCGCGCCUCGCGCAAGCCGCCCGCGCGUCGCGCCUCGCCGGGCCGUGGUCCAGGACGCGCAUGCGGCGGCAGUGGGGCGCUGGGUGGAGGGGGUGAUCCUUGGCCUGGAGGUCUGCCCUUGGGCGCGGCCGGCACAGCAAGGAGGGCGUCUGCGGGUGGUCAGCAGCGAGGCCCAAAGUGCCGAGGAAGUGCUGGAAGACUUGGCCGCGGAGGCUGAACUGCUGCGAGAGGAGUCAGCCACCACCGUGCUGGUUUGCCCCCACGUCGCGGAAUGGCAGGACUUCGGGGCCUUCCAUCGCUUCUACUGCGAGGAGCUGCAGAGCGGGCGGCUGCUGUCGCGGAGCCUGGGCCUGGAGGUCUUCGUCGUGCCGUUCCACCCCGACUGCGAGAGCACGGAGCUGGCGCCGGGCCAGCAGCUGGCGGUCACCGUCCAUGGUGUGCUGCACUUGGCGGAGAUGCAGAGCCAGGAGGGCGAGGAGAUCGAGGUGCGGCUGCUGGGGCGAAUCCUGGAGAGCCAAGAUGCGGAGGAUGGCGCAGAGGACUUCGCAGUAGAGCCGCUGUCGGAAGAGGUGGUCGCUUCCGCCCGCGCCAGCGACGUGCUCUGGGCCUUGGACGACACCGGAAGCGCUGGAAGCGGCCGGGGGGCGCUGGGCCGGUCGCCGCGACCGGCCCUGCAUUUGCUUCGGACUGCAGACCUGGCGAGGGUGGAGGAGGAGAAGCGGCAAGAAGUCCAGCGCCGCAAUGAAGCGCUGCUGCAAGACAUGGGCGCUGAUGCCCUUGAUGAGUUGAUCCGGCAGUGCGGCUGA